GCUGAGUUUGGGCUCCUGACACGCCCCAGAUAAGGAGCUCUCCCUGCUCACGCCUCUUGGCGUUUUUAUCUCUCAUUCCUAACCCCCCACACCUCCUUUGCUAUUGGUGUGAGGCCACYAGGACAUUUUUAUAGGGAAAAAAGAAUAAUUCAUGUGCCUGUGCUUCAUGUAGUCGAGUUCACAAUGCCUUCCCGUUACCUCAACUUCCGGUGGAGCGUGCCCUGGCUGAUCCUUUUGCUGGAAAUUGUUUUCCUCAYCCACUCUUUCCUUCUCUUCCCAAAUGUUGGUAACAUCUACUCACCAGCUGCCUUCUACCCAGAAUUUCAAGAUGUCAACCACAUGGUGAUUUUUGGAUUUGGCUUUUUCCUGAUCGUUCUGAGAAGAUAUGGCUUUAGCAGCACUGGAUUCAACUUCCUGCUCAUUGUUCUUGGUGUCCAGUUCUCUGUGCUGGUAGAAGAUUUAUUGGUUUUCCUUAAGAUAGAGCAAAGUGGAAGUGGUAURAAAAGCUUGGCAAAGGCUGUGGUGAGCGUGACUGCUGUGGCCAUCUCCACUGGGGCUGUCCUGGGCAGGGCCAAUCCUGUGCAGUUGAUUGUGAUGACCCUGGUGGAAUUACUCAUUUUCCAUGUGAGCAGAUGCAUCAACGGGACAUUCCUGAAGGUCCAGGACAGCCUCUCCCUGAUGCACGUGCACCUUUUUGGAGCCUACUUUGGUCUGGCUGUGGCCUCCUGCUUCCCCGAGGCCCCCCCAGGGCUGGACAAGAACAGGAGCACCCCGCAGUCAGAGCUGUUCUCAGUGCUGGGCACUGUGUUUGUCUGGGUGUUCUGGCCAAGCUUCAGUUCCAUCCUGGCUGACUCCAAGGAGGAAGCAGUGCUCAACACCUACUUUGCCCUGGCAGUGAGUGCUGUGACUGCCUUCCUGCUGUCUGCUCUGACCUCCAAGGAUGGCAAAUUCCGAAUGACUCACAUCCACAGUGCAGUCCUGGCUGGAGGGGUCACCAUCAGCUACACAGCWCACAGCAUCCAGCAGCCUUGGAUUGCCAUGAUUUUGGGGCUGCUUGGCAGUGUCAUUGCCAUUUUGGGAUCUCACUGUUCACAGAGGUGCUUCAAUCCUGCCCUCAAGCUUCAGGACACUUCUGGAGUUCAUUUCACUUUUGGUUUGCCUGCUGUGCUUGGAGCUGUGGCUGCUGUUGUUCUCUCUGUUGUAAAAGAAGGGACUGCGACACAAUGGAAUGAUUUAUCCAGUCUGGGUUAUUUGAGCUUUGUUGGCCUCGGUGCCUUCUGCCAGACCAUCACCACUGCUGUGCUAACAGGUUUGAUUACAGGUCAGUAUUGAAACACCCCAGCAAUUUCCUUAU